GUCACUACAAUUCAACAAUGAACCAUCAUCUUCCACACUCACUUUUUUAAACCCUAAAACUCUUGUGCAUGUUCACUCAAGAAUCAAAAUCACCCCAUUUCAAAAACUUGCAUAAAUUCAACCAUUUUCAUUUCCCCAACAAAAAAAUGCACUAAAAUCCCAUAAUCAUAAACCAUGAACAAAUCAAAGUUACCCAUUUCAUGGUUAUCUCGUUUAAUCCUCUCUAAAUCCCACCAAACCCAUAAACCCUACUCCCAAAUUCACCAUUUUUCUCAUCAAAAUCCAAUCUCUGUCAUCCGUCCAAUUUCUUCAACAAUACCCACAUUGAAAUCCCCAUUUAAAACCCACCAUUUUCGCAAUUUUUCCAUCCAAGCUGAUGAAGAAGCUGCACUCAGAAGCCUAUUGCUUGACAUAGAGGAAGAGAAGCAUAAAGAAAGAGAAGCCAAGAAAAAAGCUGGGAUCUUGAUUGAUGAAGCAGCUGAAGAAGAAGAUUAUUUGGGUGUUACUCCUUUGAUUGAGAAAUUAGAGGCACAAGAUGCUAAAAAGCAUGUUGUGCAUAAUAAAAGGAGCUUUGAUAAGGAUAGUGAUGAUGAUUUAGAUGAUGGUGAAGAUUCGGAUGAUCCUGAAGUUAUUGCAACAAGGAAGAAGCAAGAUUUGAUUAAUGCCAAGAAGUUAGCUCGAUUUGAGGAUUUGACUGAGGGUUUAAACCGUUCGAAAACCAUGGGUGAAUCCUUGAAAUGGAUGAAGAAGAUCGAUAAGUUUGAGGAGAAGCAUUCGCAUCUUCGUUUGGAGUACAGGGUCAUUGGUGAGUUGCUUGAUCGUUUCAGGAAAGCUACCAGUAAAGACAAGUUUAUGCUUGCUCAGAAGUUGAACAGGGCUAUGAGAUUGGUAGAGUGGAAGGAAAAGUUUGAUCCUAAAGAUCCGGUCAAUUAUGGCGUCAUCGGUAGGCGGGAUGCGAAUAUAGAUGAAUCCAUGGCAGAUGAAGUUCAGAGAGAAAAGCCAAUGGUAGAAGGUACGGACGAUGAAGAAGAAGAUUUUGAUGACAUGAAGGAGAGGGAUGAUAUACUUCUUGCAAAGCUUAAUGAUAUUGACAAAAACCUAGAAGAGAAAUUAGCAGCAUUGAGUCAUACGUUUGGAAAGAAAGGAAAACUUUUGGAAGAAGAAAUUAGGGAACUGGCCGAGAAGAGAAAUUCAUUGACGGAAAAGAUAAGAAAACCGAUGUACAGGAAAGGUUUUGACACAAUAUUAAUUAAUCUGAACCGGACAUGCAAAGUAACAAAGGGUGGUCAAGUGGUUAAGUAUUCAGCAAUCGUAGCAUGUGGGAAUUAUAAUGGUGUUGUGGGUUUUGCAAAAGCGAAAGGUCCAAAAAUUCCCGUUGCCCUUCAGAAGGCGCGUGAGAAAAGCUUUCAGAAUCUGCAUUACAUCGAGAGAUAUGAGAACCAUACAAUUGCACAUGCUAUACAAACAAAAUACAAGAGAACCAAGUUGUAUCUAUGGCCCGCGCAAGCUUCAACGGGUAUGAUAGCGGGGAAAACUGUCUCGUCGGUAUUGAACUUGGCUGGCUUCAAGAAUGUCAAAUCUAAGGUUGUUGGUUCAAGAAAUCCGUACAACACCGUUAAGGCCAUCUUACUAGCAUUAAACGCGAUUGAAACUCCUAAAGAUGUUCAAGAGAAGUUCGGUCGAUCUGUUGUUGAAACCCAACUCCUAUAGUUAAGUACCAUCCAUUUGGUUUGAAUCAUGCCCUUUAUUUGUUUCUCCGUUUUGGGAAAUAAAACUACUCGGGAAGGGAUUUGGAGUGGAGAAAACUUGGUUCGACUGGAAAUCGAUUUUGUUCACUAGUCGCUCCCCUCGACUUAACAUCUAUUUUGUAGCUUUUCGAUUUUCAACCAUAGUGUAUGGGAAGAAAAUGCCAUGUUCGGGUGAAAUAUUCUUCGAUUAUUUUUGUUGGAUUUUAAAGAUAUUUUUGGGCAACAUCAAUUUCUCUUGAAUACCAUCAAAUUUUUUGUUGGAAGGUGACUUAUAUUAGAAGGGUGAAAUUAUG